AUGGCGUCGACCUCUGCAUCAGCUUCUCGUGGUAAUGUCUCCGCCGGAAGGAUCAAAUCCGCAGCUUCGACGCUUUACUCGGAUCACCAACCUCUCAUUGAUAUUCGAAAAGCUCUGAUUAUGAUGAAGGAAAUCGCGGUUGAUUUGGAGAAAGAUAAUCAGUCUCAAAUGGUGAAGGAGCUUGAAGCUAGUUUUAUUGAAUUGCUGGAAUCUUCUGAAGAUUGUACUCAUUUUUCCUCAGCAAUUCAGUCUUUUGGAAAUGGGUACCAGCCUGGAGAAGGGCCAACUGAUUUUAAGAAGUUGUUUGACGAUGAGAUUGCAAAGUUGAAGGCUAGUUCGUCUUCUGUUCCACAAAAUCAUCCAUUAUUACGCCAGUUUAGGGAAGCUAUCUGGUGUUCAUCAUGCAGGACAGCCAAUGCCAGGGAAGAGCAUGAGGAUAUUGUAAUGACCAGUACACAAUGCAACCUUCUGAAUGUCGCUUGCCCUUUAAGUGGAAAACCUGUUACUGAACUGGAAGAUCCAGUUCGCAGCAUGGACUGCAAGCACAUAUAUGAAAAGGUGGUCAUCAUGCAAUACAUAAGGUCCAAGAAUGCACGCGCUCAGUGCCCUAUGUCAGGUUGCCCAAAAAUACUGCAAGCGGAAAGAGUGGUCUGUGACCCGUUGUUACUGAUUGAAAUUGAUGAAAUGCGCUCAAUGAGCAAACAAACUACUAGAUUUGAUGUGAUAGAAGAUUUCACCGAGCUCGAUGAAGAGGAAUCUGAUUGA